CCCAGGACGGCCAUGAGCUUCCUGAGCCGGCAGCAGCCUCCGCCGCCCGGCCGCGCCGGCGUCUCGUGCACCUUGCGGCAGAAGCUCAUCUUCUCCCCCUGCAGCGACUGUGAGGAGGAGGAGGAAGAGGAGGAGGAGGAGGGCAGCGGCCACAGCACCGGGGAGGACUCGGCCUUCCAGGAGCCCGACUCGCCGCUGCCGCCCGCCCGGAGCCCCACGGAGCCGGGGCCCGAGUGCCGCCGCUCGCCCGGCCUGGCCCCCGGCAGCCCCGGGGAGCUGGAGGAGGACAUGCUGCUGCGGGGCGCCUGCCCGGGCGCCGGCGGGGCGGGCGGCGCGGCCGAGGGCGACUCGUGGGAGGAGGAGGGCUUCGGCUCCUCGUCGCCCGUCAAGUCGCCGCCGUCCGCCUACUUCCUGGGCAGCUCCUUCUCGCCCGUGCUCUGCGGCGGCCCCGGGGACUCGCUCCCGCGGGGCUGCGGGCCGCCCCGGGCCGGCGAGGGCCCCUGUUCGCCGCUGCCCGACCACCCGGGCACGCCGCCGCACAAGACCUUCCGCAAGCUGCGGCUCUUCGACACGCCGCACACCCCCAAGAGUUUGCUUUCCAAGUCUCGAGGAAUCGAUCCGAGCUUUGGUAAACUCCGGGGUGGAUCGCUAUUCAUGAGUUCAGAAAGAUCAGGAAAAAGGGAAUUUGACAUGCGACAGACGCCUCAAGUAAAUAUCAAUCCUUUUACUCCGGACUCUCUGCUGCUUCAUUCCUCAGGACAGUGUCGUCGAAGAAAGAGAACGUAUUGGAAUGAUUCCUGUGGUGAAGACAUGGAAGCCAGUGAUUAUGAGUUGGAAGAUGAAACAAGACCUGCCAAAAGAAUUACGAUUACUGAAAGCAACAUGAAGUCACGGUAUACAACAGAAUUUCAUGAGCUAGAGAAAAUUGGCUCUGGAGAAUUUGGCUCAGUGUUCAAGUGUGUGAAGAGAUUGGAUGGGUGCAUUUAUGCCAUUAAGCGGUCCAAAAAGCCAUUGGCUGGCUCUGUCGACGAGCAGAAUGCUUUGAGAGAAGUAUAUGCUCAUGCAGUGCUUGGCCAGCAUUUUCAUGUAGUGCGGUAUUUUUCUGCCUGGGCAGAGGAUGACCAUAUGCUUAUACAGAAUGAAUAUUGUAAUGGUGGAAGCCUGGCUGAUGCCAUAAGUGAAAACUACAGACGCAUGAGUUACUUCAAAGAAGCAGAGUUAAAGGAUCUCCUGUUGCAAGUUGGCAGAGGCUUGAAGUAUAUUCAUUCGAUGUCUUUGGUUCAUAUGGACAUUAAACCCAGUAAUAUCUUCAUAUCUCGCACCUCAAUUCCAAAUGCUGCCUCUGAAGAAGGGGAUGAAGAUGACUGGGCGGCCAACAAGAUUAUGUUUAAAAUAGGUGAUCUUGGACACGUGACAAGGAUAGCUAGUCCGCAAGUGGAAGAGGGUGAUAGUCGUUUUCUUGCAAAUGAAGUUUUGCAGGAGAACUACACCCAUCUACCCAAAGCGGAUAUUUUUGCCCUCGCCCUCACGGUCGUUUGUGCUGCUGGUGCUGAACCCCUUCCCAGAAAUGGAGACCAGUGGCAUGACAUCCGGCAGGGGAGGUUACCCCGCGUACCGCAGGUGCUUUCCCAAGAAUUUACGGAAUUGCUCAAAGUUAUGAUUCAUCCGGAUCCAGAGAGAAGGCCGUCAGCAGCUGCACUAGUAAAGCAUUCAGUUUUACUGUCUGCGUCUAGAAAGAGUGCAGAACAAUUGCGAAAAGAAUUGAAUGCUGAAAAGUUCAAAAAUUCACUUCUACAAAAAGAACUCAAGAAAGCUCAGAUGGCCAAAGCUGCAGCUGAGGAACGGGCACUCUUCACUGACCGAAUGGCCACUAGGUCUACCACCCAGAGUAAUAGAACAUCUCGACUUAUUGGGAAGAAAAUGAACCGCUCUGUCAGCCUUACUAUAUACUGAACUACUCGUGUCCCACCACCCCACAGAAACCGUGACGAGAGGAAGCUAGGUGGAGUGGAAAUCAUUGCUAGAAGCCAGUUUGCAAUGACUGUUGAUUGCUGUCAGUAGUUUUACUGAGAUGCUUCUAGGACUUUGAAGUGUGAAUUACAGUUGGAAGCUAUAUUUGGGCUGUGGUUUACCAGGCUCACUUCGCCUCGUCUUAGCAGGCGGUCUGUCUCUGUAGGUUGUCGGUCACUGUGGGAUGUUCCACCAGCCUUUCCAAGGCUGACCGCUGUGGUGGUUGUGCUACUUAGUGUUUGCUGUCGCAGUGUAAUAAAACAUCUUUCCCUUUAGCGACCCAUCAAAAGGACUCAAGGGCUUUAUUGCAAACAUCACCCCCUUAGAGAAGGGAGGUGCUAAGAGACUCAGUACUACCCAGCCUUCUGUGUGUCGGUCUUCUUCUGUUCUCCUUUUUCUGAUUGUGAACUUGUCUAUCCAACUGGGAGCACUUUGUAGGCAUUGCAUGAACCAUGGAAUGGUAAUUCUGUGGACAUAUGCCUUGUGAAUUUGCUGCUAUUUUAGUUUUGUCUUUGCUGUAAAAUUGUAGCAUUAAACAAUCAUCGUUGUUAAUAGGCUUUCUUUUGAAACAAUUAUGUGAAAUAUAUAAGCUGCUCUCGACAAGCAGCCAUUUGCCUUUUUUUUCCUUUGAAGCUAGUGCAUUGGAAAAAUGCACACACACCCUCCUCCCCCUUUGGAACUCUGUAUUAAUGUAGUAUAAUUAUUAUUGGUUUUGUAAUUUUUUUUAUAAUGUCCUUCCCUGACUCUUUUUAAAAAUCUCUCGUCUCCUCCCAAGUUUUGUACUUGAUUGUAUUAUUACUCUGUUUUUAAAUGUUUUGCUUGUUUUUCCUUCAAUAUUUGUGUAUAUAAACUGAUACUGUAUAUAGUUGUUUGAAAUGCCAGAAUGACUUCUGACUAUUCCAAGUUUUUCAUAAAACAUAUUUUUUAUCUGUGAUUAGCCAUUUGACUAAUAAAUAUUGGCUAACAGAUGUUGAAAAAGUAGAAUUUGACUUAAUGCUGGUUUCCCCAUUAACUUUUGGUUUAAAACGUGUUUGCACUUGUCGGUUUGACUUGUGUCCUAUUAACAUUGAUUGGCAUAUUAAAAGUCACUCUGAGCUUA